GAUAUAAAACGGGCGCUGAAGUUGAACGGGCUUCUCCUCGCCCCGGAUGCGUCCAACUUUGUUGUUGACGCCCUGAAGAACUUGGAGCCCAGCGUCAAGGCGACCACACUCAAAAAGUUUGUGGAUGCUGUGCUGGAACGCAAUCUUGAGCUUGAUAAUAUCUCAAAGGCGGUUUGUGAGGAAAUUUUUCACGAGUGGAAGUCCGAAUCUACCAAUUCACAGGAAUUUCUGUUCAUAACUGAUGCUUUCCAGGUUCCCCGCUUUAAAUACUGCAAGUAUUCAAGGAGGUUUUUGCCGUUGCAAGACUUUGCCGAGGAUGCAAGAUCUCUCCUGCCCAAUUCUCCUGCGAUGAAGGCCUUUCUCUAUGCCCACCGUUACGAGCGCGUUCUUCGGAACCCGGUCUUUGCUGCAUCCACCAAGGACUCCAUUGCUGGGACAAAGGCCAACGCCAGUGGUUUUAAACUCCAACCAAUAGAGUUUUUACUCGCUCUCGGAGCCAGGGAAGACAAUGUGGUUGUAUUAGGUGCUCUGACUCAACUGAAGAACGGCCAGUGGUACCUGGAGGAUCCGACGCAUCUAGUUAAACUGGACCUCUCAGCGGCUACUUUUCACCAGGGUUUGUUCCCGGAGGGCACUAUUGUCCUCGCUGAAGGUUCAUAUGACGACGAAGUCUUCAAGGUCACCGGGAUUGGCCUUCCUCCGGUGGAGGAGCCUCAUCUGACGCGUCGGUACUUCUCAGUGCCCAAUCCCUUUGGAGGUUCCGCCGUUGAUGGCCCAGCCGCUGCUGUGGACGCCAAUAUGAUUCGUCUUCUCCAGACCUCCCAGGCCUCUUCUGACAUGUUGGUGCUUCUGGGUGAGACGCGGUUGGACAUGCCCGGCUGCAUUGAACACUUGGAGACGCUCUUCCUCGGCUAUUCAGACUUCCCUCCGACAGCCUUUGUCCUCUGUGGCAAUUUCAUUGGCCCAGAACUCGCAGCCUAUAAUUCCCUCACAAACAAGGUAUCCUUUCUCUCAUUGUCUAAAUUUGCCUUUUUAUUGGUACGGGUUGCAACUCCUACUGUCAGACGGGCUGCCUAG